AUGUACAGACGGGACCAUAUAGAUGAGGUCAAGGUACACCAUGCACUGCUGACAUGGCAGCUCAAACUCCACCACCUUCACGGGUCGAUACUUCUACGUGUGUUCCACGAAGCCGCGAUUGGGGUUGGGGGUUUUGUUCACGGCCAGGGUCCGUUGCCAGUGGGGGGCUUCCACUUUGAAGAAGAGGGCUUCCACCACCACUCUCUGGACGAAGUCGUGGUCGAAGUCGUUGCAGCAAUGAUCAGUUCAGCUCUAUCCUUUUUCAAUUCAAUUGAGAUGCAAAUGAAGCAAAGAUGCUUCUCUAAUCCACUCCAAACUAUUACACUCCAGAAAGGCAUUAUUCGUCGCCGUAUGAGACAUCGUUGUGCUUUAUCCCUGCGCCUCAAGGUUAUCAUGUCCCGAUUCAAUGGCCUAACAGCUUACAUAAGGAAGGAGAAUGAACCAGCUCAUGGAGUUUUUGAAAUAGUUGUGGCUGUUUUAGGUGGAGGACAAUUAGGACGCAUGCUUUGUUAAGCAGCUUUCCAAAUGUCAAUAAAAGUCAACAUUUUGGAUCCUAUGGUCAACUGCCCAGCAAGUUCCAUAUACCACCAUCAUAUGGUGGGAAGCUAUGACAAUAGCACCACAGUUGAAGAAUUUGCUAAGAGGUGUGGAAUACUAACAGAUGAAAUUGAGCAUGUUGAUGUUGAUACUUUGGAGAAGCUUGAAAAACAAGGUGUUGAUUGUCAGCCUAAAGCUUCUACCAUUCGCAUUAUCCAGGUAUGUUUGUUUUAUCAAUAAAGCAUUGUAAUUUGUUUUGUUAAAUAUUUCCAAUACCGCCCCUUUAAAUAAUGUUUAAUGUUGGAUUAUGGUAACACAAUGAUCAUAGUGAAAGUUGUUUGUCACAUGAUAAAUUUCUUCAAAAAGUUCAUUUUUCUCGACAUGGCAUUCCACUUCCAAAGUUCAUAUAGGUCUGGAUUUUAAGUACUAUUUUAUUUUAUUAAUCUUUAGCUGCAAUAAAAAAGAUAAUUUAUCAUUUUUAGUGGGACAGAUAAAGGAAAUUACAUAUAGAUGGAAAUUAUACGAAAUUAUAAGAAAAUAAGGAUAACAAACGUGUCGAUCUAUUCAAAUCGAAACAAAAACAGAAAACGUAGGGAUAACAGCAACAACUUAUCCAUCCAGGGGUAAUUUGGGAACAACAUAUACAAAGUCAAAAUGCAUGUGAUAUGUACAGAGAGGGGUAGAAAAAUAAACCAUAUAUCCAGGUUUUCGAUGAUUGAGAUCAGACCAAUGAAAAAUGAAAACAAAAUUUCAACUUAAAAAAACUACAAACAGAUUAGAGAUGAUAACAAAAAAUGCAAUCAUCUUAUGUUCAAAGGUAAUCAAUCAUAAAACCAUUAUACUUUUUUUAAAAAAUCCCAAGUUUUAAACCAUUAUACAAGGUUGUUUCCAACAGGUGUUGGAUGUUGAGUUUUACAAUGUGAAAGCUUUAUACAGAAGGGCACAAGCUUACAUGGAAACUUAUGAUUAUGAAUUGACUGAAUUGGACAUCAAGAAGGCCUUGGAAGCCGAUCCACAAAUCAAGUAAAACUAUAAAAUUUGGAGGUCAUUUUGGUCAUUUUAUUAAACCUCUGUAAUUUUAUUUUGGUUUUGUUAUUUUGUAGGGAGGUAAAUUCUAUUCACAAGACUUUAAAGCAACUUGAAGCUCAGAGUAACAAAAGAGAUACUAAACUUUAUACAAAUAUGUUUGCCCAAAUGGCUAACGAUUAUUCUAUACAAACUAAGAGAUUAAAGAUUGAGAAAGUGGAGAAGAAUGAGAAGGAUGGUGUUAUGGGAAUGGAAUUGGAAAAAGGUGACAAUGAAAUGGCUGUUGAUUCAUCUUGAAAUUAUUGUAUUUUUUGUGUGUGUGUGUUAGUUGAUGGGUAUUUUGAUGCUAAAGGUGUUUGCAAAUUUAAAAUAGUUAUUUGAUUACACUCUUGAUUUGCAUUGCAGUUGUCAUUAUUUACUCCAGGUUGGUUAAAGUCAAUAACCGUUAAUGACAAAAUAAUUUUUAUUCCCAAUUCAAAUAAGGUUAGGAACAUUUGUUUUUUUUUUCGGGUUAUGAAUUAACUAUUGCAAAUUUAUUGCUUGAUUUAAUUUAGAAAAUGUAGGUUCACUAAGUUAGGAGGUGCAAUUACUUAUAAGACCAGCUGAAGAUUUGACAUAUUCAGUUGCUAAAUUUAUUGAGUGUCUUUCUAAUCAGGCAAAUGGGUUGAUAUUGAAGGAUGUAAGCUCUUGAGUUGGGAAUGGUGGCCUUGGUCUGAUUAUAUGCCUCACAUAACCAGACAACAACUUUGAUUACAAAAAAGGGGUCAUUCUAUUAUAGCAUAGUGCAAAUAUUUGUGUGUUUGUAAAUGGGCGAAAUAUACACAAUAGCAACAUACUUUACUAAUCUACCAAUUAGAACAAUGUACUAUACUUCCACACAAAAGCGAC